ACGCCAUUACUCUGAGUCUACAGAUGUGAUAGGCCUGUCGCUGUGUUAAACCUUUUUUUUUAUUUCUUUCAAAAAGGGAUAUAUUAGUGAUAUAAUAGUACAUUGUAAUUAGCGAUUGUGACAAAUUUCUUGUUUUUUUUCCUAUUAUUUUGAAUCAAAUGAUUGUUAAUAUUAAGAUAGACCACUCUUGACUAGAAUGAACCGAUGGCUCAGGCUGGAGAGACGGUUCACAUGUUGAUUUCGAUCUGUGCCUGGUGAGUCAUCCAGCCGCAUAGCUGCACAGCGUCAAGUUGGUUUUAUCUGGGGCAUCGCCGCCAUUAAAGCCACUUUUGGUUGUCUUUUAUUCUCGUCAGCAUGGGCACCGUACUAUCCCUGUCUCCGCCAUCUCGGAGGCCCCUCAGUGAGGACAUCAACAGCUACAACUAUGAAGUGCUCAACAACAAAAACAACAACAAUAACAACAACAACAACACCAAGGAAAAAAGCUUUAAGCGCCACUCCAUCUUCCUGAGCGCCCUCAGCUGGAAGAAGUUCACAGUCAACCCUAAGAAGAAAGACAAAAACCUGAUGAAAUUGUCGAAUUCAGUUUUCUUGAACGGGACGAAAUUCGACACCAACUACAACAUUGAGAACUUUAACCUUAACAACUUUCAAAAGUCGGUGUCAUGUUACAACCUGAAGGCUGCGCCAGAAGAGCCACCAGUUCCAGUGAAGACGACCUCCAUCAAAAAGCUUGAGAAAGCGCCAAGCCCUAAGCGCACAGUCAUCCAGGCCUCAACGUCGGAACUUUUGAAAUGCCUGGGAGAGUUCCUCAAGCGGAAGUGCAAGAGGCUAAAGCGUUUCGAGGCCUCAGACGCCAUUUUGUGGCUGAGGUCGGUAGACAGGUCGCUCCUGCUGCAGGGCUGGCAGGACAUUUGUUUCAUCAACCCUGCCAACGUCGUCUUUAUCUUCUUGCUGGUCAGGGACCUGCCGUCCAACGACCUUCUUCAGGAGCACGAUCUUCAGGCCUACGUCCUGACCUGCCUCUACCUGUCCUACUCCUACAUGGGCAAUGAGAUCAGUUACCCCCUCAAGCCAUUUCUGGUGGAGGAGAACAAAGACAGGUUCUGGGACAGGUGUCUGCUAGUCGUCAAUAGACAUAGCUCUAACAUGCUAAGGCUCAACCGGGAUCCCGGAUUUUUCACGGAUAUUUUCAGUGAACUGAAGACUUACUCCCCUUGUAUAUAGACUCUCCAACCGCAAAGAUCAAAAAAAUAGUUUACAUCUAGCAUUGUACGUAUUCACAUGGUUUAGAGAUUAAUGAUUGCAACAGGAGAGAGUUACGGCACGCUGUUGUCACGUGUCAAGAAUGGACCAAUCGUUUUUCGAGAUCAAAUUUCAAAUGUAUAUUUGUGUGUAAUAUCCCAUGGAUCUUGGAACGUAAACGGUUUCGCUGUGCUGGUGUGUUGAAUUGUCUAUUUUAAAAAUUAAGAUAGACCCUCCCCUACCAAAAAAAAUAAAUAAAAUUCUAACAUAUCACAGCCUUAUCAGUAUCAAACCUGUUUUAAAGAAAACUCAAAUUUAAAAGUCCGACUCGGAACGGAAAUUGCCGAGCAAUUAAUGGAGUUGUUUCUAAAGAUAGCAACAUGAGACGCAUUGGACAUAUCUACUAUGUGUGUUGACAUUGAGUUUUGUACUUGUUGUUGUGUUCAUAUGUUUAACCUUGGCUAUGAAAUAUGUAAUGUGUCAGUUGAAGGUCAUUUCAAGGUCGUAUACAUUUUUUUUUCGUAUUUCAAAAAUUCUUAAUUUCUAAAUUUACUUGUGUUUUUUUUUUUUUAAUAUUUUAUUUAUUGCAUUUUUACAAAUGUUCUAUUUUUUAAAUUUCUCAAGUAUAUAAAAUGUAGUGUCUUUUUGGAAUGACAUAUCGUUUAAAUAUAUAUAUAUAUAUAUAUAUAUAUAUAUAUAUAUAUAUAUAUAUAUAUAUAUGUGUGUGUGUGUGUGUGUGUGUGUGUGUGUGUGUACAUGAUAUGUAAUGUAGAUAAACUUGAAUGGACACAUUGAUACUAAUCAGGUCAAUGAAGCGAGCUAAUUGAACAAACUACAAACAUUUACCCUUGUACAUCGCUCUGGAUUAUUUGGUUUUCAUUUCUGAAAACACCUGGCCAACUGUACUUAUUUCUCUCUAUUCAGUUCUACACCAAUGCCAGUGUUUAACAAAUUGUAACUCCUAGAUUUUAAAUGCAUGUAUAUAUAUAGUUUUGAAAUAAAUAUUCUUAAAAAUAUGAAUGUAAAAUAUG